AUGACUGCUGCGAAAUUGACACCGUUGAAGCCCAUUCCGACCAAACACAUCGACCCCGAUUUAGCAAAAACCCCCGAGGAUGCCAGCGUCAAUUUAGUGUUGAAUAUUAAGAAAUGGCUAAGGUGGACGCAAAAAUGGUCUUUAUUCCCUCUAGUAACGUACUUUCCGUUACACGGUAUCAAUGCCCUAAUAAUUCCUGCUCUUGAGCCCUCCUCUUUUCCAAACGAUGCUUUAAUGAUGGUUAGAGAACUCACAUCUGGACUUGGAUCUAAGUUGAUUUGGACUGGGAUAUCAAUACAUAUAUUAUCCGGAUUUGCCUUGAGAAUAAUGAGGAAGCUGCCUACUUCUUCGAAAACACAUAAUGCCGAAUCCUUGCUGGAUACUCAGUCACUUGCACAAUCUAGAAUUGGUCUUGUAGGUGGUUUAAGUGGGUACUUUAUUGGGAUCAAGAGAAACCUUCAAUAUAAUCCACAAGAGCUUACAGGAUGGUUGUUAACUCCAGUAUUAUUCUUUCAUGGUGCCCUCAUGAAAUGGCUGCCAAAUACGGCGAAAGUUGAUAUAGACUUUGAUUUUGUCAAAUGGCUACUAGAUAAAGACAGAGGUGCUUUGGUGAGGAUAGGUCUCGGAUAUGGCCCCUUGGUUGCUCUUAUUGGUUUAGGAUCGUAUCAUAUUAUCGCUGGAACCGUUCAAUAUAUGCAUGUCCGUAGUCUAAAGACUCGUAAAAGAAUAAUGAACUUCAUAUUGCUGCUUAUUUGUACCGGAUAUAUUGGAAUAAGCAGAUUGGGAUCAGAGAUCGUAUUCGGAAUGGACAAAUAUUAUAGACCAAUCCUAAGAACAUUGUCAUUAUCAUGA